AUGCGUCGUCAGCAGGCUCGCGGUAAACGGUUGCCUUUGUUGGUGACUUUCGAUAAUUGUGAGUCUGACGAUGACCUCUCUCUCCAUCCCGGAGAGACGGAGGCAGAGGGGUGUGAUGAUUUCUUUCCGGGACCCCUUCCCGAUUUGAGUUCGGGUCUAAGCGACUCUGUCGCUUGUGCAAGUGAUAAGGACUCUGCACAGCCGCAGUCACCGAACGUUGUUCGGAAUGACAAAUAUGGCGGCGUCGGAGGCGAUGCCCCGACUGUUCCUUUGCCCCGUGGGGGUAAGAAACGUCCCGUCUGCACUGAGGCUGCCGCUGGUAGCGAGUUUCAACUCAUGGCGAAACGUAUGAGGGCUCUGGAGGAGCAGUUAGCAGACGUUAAGCGGGACCGGGCGAGUACAGGAAACCAAACGGCUGUCUGAUCAGCCGUGUUCUGCACAAAGUGAAGGAAGACAAAAAGAGGUUUGCAAGUGUCCACUUCCACAGUGGCAAGAUGGGUGAGAGAAGUGAUGAUGGCGGCUGGAAUUGAUCGACAGUUUAAACCUCAUUCAGUUAGAGGAGCGUCUGUGUCGGCAGCAUACACGGCGGGGACAUCCUUGAGGGACAUACUGGAAACGGCAAACUGGGCAUCAGCCGAGAGCUUUAGGAGGUUCUACUUAAGAGAUAUUGAUGACCCGGGUUCCUUUUCAACCAGUGUUCUGCAGACAGGGCAGUGAUAAGAUGUCAAUGAUAUAGACUUUGUGAAAUGUAGUGUAAUUUUGAAAUACUAAUGAAUGAGUGAACUUGA